AUGAAGAAGGUUCGAACUGCAACGACAGAACCUGAAUUUCAAAAAAUUCAGAUCCCCAAGCUUGAAAGCCAACCAAAAGUUUGCCACGGUCAAUACGCGCCAUUUACCUUGGAUUAUCAAGUGAUUCUUCCACCUUAUCCACCUCCCCACGUCCAGCUUGAUACUUACAGGAAGUUGAGAGAUCAAGUGGCGCAAAUUAUGGUCAGGGAACUCAAGAGACCUGGCGAUGAUGUCGACUGGAGUCCAGAGGCGUUGGCGGCAUUGAUAGAGAAGAGGCUGACUCCACCAGGCAGCCCAUCCAACUUCUACUGUGCGGAAGGAUUGAUAAGGUCUACCUCAGUAUAUCAGACCUAUCUGGAAAGUAUCAGUAAACGACAAAACAUUCUCAACUCGCUCACGGCCCUAAAGGAAAAAUGGCAGGACAUUCAGACGUAUAUCAUUCUCGAUACCAUGCAAUUUAUACCGCCCUUGAGUAAAGCCGAAACCGAGGCGAUGCAAGAGGUUAUCAGCGUCCUUCGCAACCUUGAUCACGAUGAAUUUCGCGGCAAGUUCGAUCAAGAAUUUCAAGGAUUUAUUACAGGUAUUGAAUCUAGGGCAAGAUUUAAAGGAGAUGACAAGCCUGAACCCGCACCAGCCGGGUGGGAGCCCCGAAAGUCAAAAAUAGAAAGGCUCAAAAAGGAAAGAGAAAGAAGGAUCGAACGCGAAAAAAAAUGGGAGCUAGCUCAUACCGAUAUGAGGAAAUAUUUUCCUAGUGCUGUUUAUGAUCAGUCAACCAAGACUUAUUUCAACAGGUUCACAAGAGCCCGUGCCGCCCAAACGACCAAUGAACCUGCGGAGAUAACCCACGUACCUAAUAGCCCUGCCUCAACGGUGGAAGACAUUAUCCGCACCUUACCCAAGGAUUUAGACUUGGUGGAAGAGAUUUACCGCUUCACAAUGAUCUCAGGUUUAGAAAAUAUACUGAGAGCCAUUCGUCCUCAAGUAAGGGAUUUUGUUAAAACUGUAGUUGAAGACCAACUCGCCAAUAUUUUCCCAACGCUUGGCGAGAUCAAAAAUGUUCUCGAAUCGGUGCUCAAAAGCACCCAAGAAGAAGACAUUGCGUGGCGUGAAAGUCUUUUCAAUCGAUUUUCCCCCGAUGGGAUGAGCCCCGAAGCAGUAUACAAAAAGUUGCAACAAGUUCCUGACUUUCAAGCUCAAAUCCGCACCGACAUAUUCAAUAACCCGGCUGGUUCAGCUACUUCUCUGUCCCGGGAAGAUUUAGAUGCGCUCAAACAAGUACCGUCUACUCGCAGAAGCUUCAUGGCUGCAUUGUCCCCAAUGGAGAAACAAACACCAGAAGUGAUAGAAAAUGAAAAGCAAAUUUGGAAGAAGAAUUUGAUAAAGAUAGAAAAUUUCAAGGAACCGACGUCGGGCCAGAGCUUGGUGAAUCAUCCGUUUAUUGAAGAAUUCCUUGAAAAGGGGAUCAUUGACUUGACAACUAGAACAAAGCUACAAGCGGGAAGAUUAUCAAAAGAGGAACUUGUGAAAGGUUUAGGAUCAGAGGCUGAAUUUAAGAAACUAAUGAUGGACAAGCAUGCCGAGUACCUUCUCCAGCAUUGCAUAGCCCCGGAAUCCCAGCAGAUGGAAGUCGUGUAUAGAGCAACCAAAAUGCUAACCGAGUCAUUUCUUGUUGAACUCGAUCGGAAAGCCAAGUCUAUCUACCUGACACGAGAUGCCUUUCUAAAACCAAAUUCAUUUAAGGAAGUAGAAGCUUGGAUGGUUUACGAUCAACAGGCAAUCAGAGAAUUCAUCGAGAGUCCCGCAAGUUCGCAGAAGAUCAUAAAAUGCUUCGCCGAGUCUUACCUCCCUGAACUCCCUAAAAAACGGUACAAAUCAGUGAUAGAUCAACUUUUGACUGAGAUGAAACUUCCUCUUCCUCUCCCAGAAGACGAGCCAAAGGAGAACAUUCUAGCUAAAGAGUUUCCUAAUUUUGACGAAAGACUGUAUGAAUUGUUGUGCCACCCACUGGUAGAAGGGAGCAACCAAUCAACAGGCAUUUCUUUCAAGACUCUGAGCCAAGAAGUACAAGACAAACUCAAAAAUAUUGUCCAGGAAUUCUACACUCAACGAGAAACACUCAAAUAUCAAGUGCUUGAGAUUCAGCGACUCAAGGAUGGAAUAAAUCAGGCUGAGGAGAACGAAUUGGCCCUCGAAAUCCCCCAGCUAUCUAGGAUCCUAGCUUCUAUCUUAUGGCCUGGGAUCGAGCUGGAUUGA